AUGAACCGCACAUUUGUCUACUCACGUAUCAACGGCAUCAAUAUCAAAUUCGACCUCACAUUCCCGAGUGUCGGAGAGCCUACAAGUAGUCAUGGCAGAACGGGUGCGGCCAAGAAGACCAUCGCUCUUUUGAUGAAGAGAGUAAACCAGAUGAUAGAGGGACAAUCUACGAACUCUGCUCCUGCUGGUCCUGUACGCAUACCUGCUGUUAUAUUCUUUCAUGGGGGUGGCUUAACUGCCGGGAAUCGAGAGUUUUUUCCAAGGGAUUUCAAGGCCGAUGUUCUCGCCCAGGGAAUAGCCUUCAUCUCAGCCGAUUACCGUCUUCUCUUUCCAUGCACAGCGCAUGAUAUCCUUGUCGACGUUAGAACUCUUUUUAGCUUCAUAGGGGAGCAGCUCAACCCUGCUCUAUCAUCUUCCAGUUAUCCCGGCGACCCCUUCAACUUCCAUAUUUCUCCCGAUCAUCUUGCUGUUGCUGGAGCAAGCGCAGGUGCAUACCCUGCACGCCUUGCUGCACUCUACGCAAAUCCUAAGCCAAAAUGUUUCUUCUCUCUCUAUGGCACUGGAGGGAAUUUACUAGACCCGUUCUAUCUGAGAACUCCUGAUGCCGCACAAGGUGACUUGGAUAUCGGAACAAACGCCCGCUUUAUGUCCCCCGGUGGUCUCGAGGCUAGAGAUACUGUCGCGCCGAUCGCCGACUGUCCAAUGGGCUUUGAUGACACCACACGCUCUAUCCCUGGGUACUCCGACCGACUCUUAACCCUCUACGUAACAUUGCUCAAAUCAGGAAGAUACCUAGACUUCCUCACAGGCGUUGAAGGACUUGGGCAGCGCCUUCGUACGGCUGCAAUCAGGUCCGGGGUCCCGGUGAACGAUGAAAGCUACGAUUGGGAACGUAUUGUGGAUGCAAUUCCACCUGAAGCGAACUGUUUAUUUCCCCAACUUCACAUUUCCAACACCUUUCCACCGUCAUAUUUAAUCCAUGGCAGCCAGGAUAGGGCAGUUCCAGUUAGCGAGACAACUGAGUGUGACCGCAUGCUCAAAGAAGCUGGCGUAAGAAGUGAAAUGGUCAUUGCGAAUGGCCUUGGCCAUACAUUCGAUCAGCAUAUGGGACCCGAUGGAUGGCAGAGAUACGCAGGUGGGGUAGUGCCUUUCUUACUGGAGUAUAUCGCAACGGAAGGGAUGGAGACGGAGAGUGCCGACGGUAGAUGA